AUGUCACAUGGUUCUUUUUACAGCUUGGGGCCAGAAGAUGCCGGCAGAACGAUGUCUCCGGUUCGUUUUCCUUCAUUUUUCAUUGAAAUAUGCAUUCUAUUUCAGUUUUUGUUUUUAAAAAAAUUGUUUUUUUCAGAGGGACUUUGAAAGAGAAAAAAACGCCAAUUGGCCACUUUCUCGCGCGAUUUGGGCUAUGAGGUGAGAUUGACUUGAUAAAACAAUCACAUUUAAAAAAUGUAAACGUAGUAUCAUUUUCAACCUUUUUUCUGAUCACAAAUUUUCCGCGUUUAAAAAAAGGUUCAGCGAAAUGUUAAGGGAUAUAGAGCUACUGAAGAGAUUUCUCAAGGUACCGUACUUUUUUUGUUAACAAAGUCGAUUUUUCACGCUUUUUGGUAUUUGGUUUUAAAAUUUUCGAUUUCAGUGCCAGACAGGACCCAGUUAUGAGUAUCCGACGAACACUGAAUUUGUUCGAAGUUAUCAAGAAAGAUACGUCGUUGGAAACGCCUUCAAUUUUUCCAAACCCACGGGGUCCUUCUCCACAAAUGCGGCCGGUCAGGGAGUAGUGGUAAAUUUUUUUUUUCUGGCAAAAAAUUCAAACGAGAGAACAGUGGUGGUCUGAAGAGACUCCAGACGACUAGAGAAAAUAUGUUUCUCUGGCGCUUCUUUCAUUCUUUUUCUUUAUUUUUGAACUGGUCGUCGAGAAAAUCGCGGGUGAGAGAACAGUGGUGGGCUGAAGAGACUCCAGACGACUAGAGAGAACACUUUUCUCUUGCUUUUAUUUCAAUAAUCCUUUGUUUUUUAGUCGAGAAAACCGCGGGUGAGAGACUGUAGCGACCUGAAGAGACGUCAGAGAAGCGAGAGUGUUUUUUUUUCUCUGACAUCUCUCUCGUUGAGCCUUUUCUCGAGAAGCUAAAGAAAUGAAGGUUCCUCUUUUUCUCUGGCGUCUCCUUGGAACAGCGCUAUUUUUUCCUCCCUUAAGAUGAAAAAAUGGCUUCUCCUUUCAAAAAGAGAACAAUGAAGUCAUAGUUUCUCUUUUUCUCUGGCGUCUCUUCAGAAAGUUGCCCCUAUAGGGACCACUUUGGAGACCGAAGAUUGAUUUUUUGUAUUUUUUCAACUUCUUCGGAUUCAGAAGGUCCUAAAGAACCUCUGUACAAAAUUUCAACGAAAAAGCUUGAACUUUUGCACCUCAAGCGAGAGAACAGUGGCCGUCUGAAGAGACGCCAGGCGACGAGAGAGCGACUAUUUCUCUGCCGUCUCUUGAGACCAUCUGUUCUCAUCUUGAACUGAAAAAAAGUCCAUUAAAAUCAGUUUUUUUUCACAUUCCUUUCAGAAAUCGACCCCGAGGAAAUUGAUAAGCAAUAAUUUCGAUAUCGAUUUCCUGAUGGCUAAUCACUCGGUGGAAGAGCAGGCCCAAGAAAGAGUCCCAGAAACAUCGGUACUUCUUUGACUUUUUCAAAAAGCAACCCUUUGAUUUUUGAAAAUUUGUGAAGGUUUUGAAACCCCCUCCGACGGUCCCCAGGGCCGUAAAAAUUUUUCCAAGGUUAGAGGAUCCUUACUUAGGAGCUCCAGAGUGAUCCCUAUAGGGCUUAGGGGGAAAAAAAGCUUAUUUCUUCAGUUUUUCCUGUGGAAAUGCUUCUUCGUUCACCAGUUAGAGUUCAUAACAUGUCCCCUAUAAGGGCCGCCAACUGAAACCCCUAUGGGGACCAUUUUUGAAGCUUUAGGGAUCCCUAUAGGUAAAGUGGCCCCUUAAAGGAUUAUUGAAAAAAAAAACACCUGUAGGCGCCGAAAAGUGAUCUUUAUAGGGGUAAAAUCAAGGUGGUCCCUAUAGGGUCUUAGGGUCUGACUCCUUAGCCCCUAAAACUCAAGUGGACCCUACAGGGGUCUUUCAAUUUUCAUUCAAAAAGUGUUUUCACUAUAAAAGGCUUUUCCGCUUAGAGUACAUAACAAUUAUCGACUAGCAUGUCCCCUGUAGGGACCACUUUUGUAAGCUCAGUUUAUAGACCUGUCAAAGCCGGCCGCGCAGCUCUGCUUUUUCCAAACUGAGCCUAAGGAUAAUAAUAAAACAGACACAGUAGCUGAUUUUUUUCUGACAAUUUAUAUCAUUAAAAAAAUUGACCUUUCUUCAGACUCCUCAAGUCGUGAAGAUGAAGGAUGGCGUUGCUGUUUUGGCUCAGCCCAGGAAGCAAAAGAAACCAGCCGGUAUGUUUAGAGGUAUUUUUGGCGUUGGUUGCAUUGGGAAUGGCUCGAGGCAGAAGUCGGAAAAGAAAAAUACUAUUAGAAAUGUCACAAUCGCGAUCUUUUUGAGCAGGAAAUUUAAUGCGUCCAGCCAUUCCAAAUGUUGUUUACAGGGGAGGUCUCUUACUUGGCGCUUUGGAAUUUUCUACAAAUUUGCUCAAACUAUCUCUGAAGGUUUCUUUGACGACCCAUCCAAGUUGCAACCUGCCCCAGCUUCUAGCUUUCGAGAUAAUGAUUUUUGAAGUUUGAAAAAUUAGGCUUAAAAUUUCAAAUCAAGAAGACCUCCCUUGUUGGAUUUUUCAACAGUGUCGUAAGAAUAGUGUAACGAUUAUUAGUGAUCAGAGCAAAAUUGUAGCCAUUUUUCAUUGGAGAUCUGCUUUAUCCGACGACUUUUUUUCACUGACCAGGAAACGUUUUUUUCCCGGGACUUGUUUUUACCAGGGAGCGUUUUUACCCCCGGUUGAACUUUUGCUGAAACUUUGCUGAAGCGUACUUUGGGACCUUUUUGAUUGCAGAUCAAGAAAAAAACAUUUCUCGUAAUAGAUUUUUUUCAAGUUUUUGGAACUUCAAAGUGUGCAAAAAUACGCAAAUUAGGCCAAAAAAACGCGCUAUUUCGGGCUUUUUGAAGUGUCCUAACUCGAAAACGAGAUCUAUUGCGAGAAUUUUUCUUUCUCUCUGGAAUCAGGAGGUCUUAAAAGUACCCUUCAGCAAAGUUUCAGCAAAAAAGUUCAACCGAAGGGGGGUAAUAAAACGUUCUCUAGUGAGUGUCUUAACCAAGGUUGCACGAGAAGUGAUUUUUCAAAACCAAAACAAGAAAAUUUCUCCAAACGAUUUCGAAACGAGAUCGAGACAAGUCUCGUGCAUCCCUGGUUUUAUUUUGGAAGUCUGCAAUUUCCCCUCAUUUAAUUUGCUCGUAGUGCAUCCAGUACAUCACAUUCCACGCCAAUCUUUGAAAGUACUUUUUUGAGAAAAUGUCUCAAUAUGCGACCUUUUCAACAUUUUUUUGAAGCAGUUAUUGUAUAUUCUUGAGUGCGGGUAAUUUCAAAAUUCCAAAAAAAUCAAAUAAAACUUUUUGGGUGAUUUUUUUAGGUCAGGCUUUUUCCCUGAAAGUAGAAAGAACUUUAAGGGACUCAAUACCAGAUUUUUUUGAGAAAAAAAGCGCCGAAACCAUAAAUGAGAUGAGUCAGAUUGAUUGUAAUAUUACCUUUAAGCCCCGGGCGGUACCGUUGGCAGCUUUGGACCAAGCCAGCUCAUCGGGCGCUUCCAGCUCCCGGCAGCCCCAGAGCGUCGCUUCUCCCGACGACAUGCCCGGAGGAUCGGGCACCUUCUUCGAUCCGGUGCACCAGGUUGAGAACUUUCCUUCUGAAACAGUCCGACCCGUUUGCGCUCUCUUUUCCCUCGCCGACUUUAGAAAAAGAUAAUCUUGUCGGAAGCGCUAUAGUCGUUUUCGCGUGUCUGGGUCUCUCUGUUCUCUCACCACCUAGGCUAGCGAAAAAUGAAAAUAGCAUGGUAACGUGAGAGAGAGUCGCAGAGAAGUUACGCACUUUCAAGUCUAGAAAAACGGACAUUGAAAUUAUCUUGGCAUGCUGGAAAAGUCGAUUGGUUUUUUUUAAUUUUUGAAGAUCUUUGAGCUCGAAAUGGUUUAGGUCUACAUAUUCUUGAGUGCGGAUGAUUUCAAAAUUUCAAAAAUCAAAUAAAACUUUUUGGGUGAUUUUUUUAGGUCAGGCUUUUUCCCUGAAAGUAGAAAAGAACUUUAAGGGACUCAAUACCAGAUUUUUUUGAGAAAAAAAGCGCCGAAACCAUAAAUGAGAUGAGUCAGAUUGAUUGUAAUAUUACCUUUAAGCCCCGGGCGGUACCGUUGGCAGCUUUGGACCAAGCCAGCUCAUCGGGCGCUUCCAGCUCCCGGCAGCCCCAGAGCGUCGCUUCUCCCGACGACAUGCCCGGAGGAUCGGGCACCUUCUUCGAUCCGGUGCACCAGGUUGAGAACUUUCCUUCUGAAACAGUCCGACCCGUUUGCGCUCUCUUUUCCCUCGCCGACUUUAGAAAAAGAUAAUCUUGUCGGAAGCGCUAUAGUCGUUUUUCGCGUGUCUGGGUCUCUCUGUUCUCUCACCACCUAGGCUAGCGAAAAAUGAAAAAUAGCAUGGUAACAUGAGAGAGAGUCGCAGAGAAGUUACGCACUUUCAAGUCAAGAAAAAAACGGACAUUGAAAUUAUCUUGGCAUGCUGGAAAAGUCGAUUGGUUUUUUUUAAUUUUUGAAGAUCUUUGAGCUCGAAAUGGUUUAGGUCUACAUAUUCUUGAGUGCGGAUGAUUUCAAAAUUUCAAAAAAAUCAAAUAAAACUUUUUGGGUGAUUUUUAGGUCAGGCUUUUCCCUGAAAGUAGAAAGAACUUUAAGGGACUCAAUACCAGAUUUUUGAGAAAAAAAAAGCGCCGAAACCAUAAAUGAGAUGAGUCAGAUUGAUUGUAAUAUUACCUUUAAGCCCCGGGCGGUACCGUUGGCAGCUUUGGACCAAGCCAGCUCAUCGGGCGCUUCCAGCUCCCGGCAGCCCCAGAGCGUCGCUUCUCCCGACGACAUGCCCGGAGGAUCGGGCACCUUCUUCGAUCCGGUGCACCAGGUUGAGAACUUUCCUUCUGAAACAGUCCGACCCGUUUGCGCUCUCUUUUCCCUCGCCGACUUUAGAAAAAGAUAAUCUUGUCGGAAGCGCUAUAGUCGUUUUCGCGUGUCUGGGUCUCUCUGUUCUCUCACCACCUAGGCUAGCGAAAAAUGAAAAUAGCAUGGUAACAUGAGAGAGAGUCGCAGAGAAGUUACGCACUUUCAAGUCAAGAAAAACGGACAUUGAAAUUAUCUUGGCAUGCUGGAAAAGUCGAUUGGUUUUUUUUAAUUUUUGAAGAUCUUUGAGCUCGAAAUGGUUUAGGUCUACAUAUUCUUGAGUGCGGAUGAUUUCAAAAUUCCAAAAAAAUCAAAUAAAACUUUUUGGGUGAUUUUUAGGUCAGGCUUUUCCCUGAAAGUAGAAAGAAUUUUAAGGAACUUAAAACCAGAUUUAAAAAGUGCCGAAACCAUACGUGAGAUGAGCAUAACUGACAGCCCAGUUUUUAUCGGCGAAGUAUCCAAGUUAGCACAUAUAAUUCAACCUUCGCUCCGAUUUUCAUUGGCCUCACUGAGCGCCUUGACUCUCUUGAAAAAAUAUUCGACCCUUGGACACAGAUCGAUCUUGUCAUCCAUUCUUGAUGAUGGAGACCAUCAGCGGGUCUCGGUUAAAAUAAAGUUUCGUCCAGACCUUCGACUUCAAAUAUAAAUAUGCAGAAUUGUCAAUGGGUUCGAAUCUGGUGAGUAGCCGGUCCAUUCCUUGACCGUGUUGAAAUCGGGCAGAUUGGACUCGCACUAGUCUUGCUCAGCUCGGGGCUUGCAGCUCGACCUAAUAUCUUGCUGGAGGAACCAGCGACGGUUUGCAAAGUGGAAAACAAAAAAAAACAGAUUGAAAUUCCAUUGGCAAAAAAGAAAGUUGGAGUGAUCGAAAAGUCCGUGCAACAUUUAUGCCCACCCCCGUACAUGUGAAUCUUGAUCUGUUGCCCUUCACAAUGCAGAUUUUUUUCUUUUUUUAAUUUUUUUAAGAAUUCAAAGUUUUUCAGGUGGAGAAGUUCGCUUGCCUCAUCUGCCAAAAACCCUAUGUCGAUCCCACAAGAAUCGACCAACACUCGGAAAAAGCCCAUGGAGUGGUCAGUUUUUUUUUAUUGAAAGCAAAAAAAAACGGUUUUUGGCGCGUCAGCAUUACUGGUUCAUCCUCCGAAAUUCUCUCUCGAAGAAAAAAGCUUUUUAUGGGCUACUCCAAUUUAUUUCUCAAUAGAGCAGCUUCUGUUAUUUAUUCGUAGAGAAUUUUGGAGGAUGAACCUCGAAAAAUUCGGAUUGCAUGGGCUAAGUCGGAAAGGGUGGGAAAAGGUUCUAUAGAAAUGUUCCCUUUUGCUGCCUUUUUGCGCCAUUUUAUCGGCUUUUGUGCACCAUUUUUGCUGCCUCUUUUUUUUCCACCAUUUCUUGAUCUUUUGAAAUCCCAGAAAAAUGGAAAACUCUUUCUUGAGCCUCUCCCUAUAGUGGCUAUUAUUCACCUUACCGACUUUGCCCGAGGAAAAAGUUCUAUAUUUCUGACUUUCAAUCCUCUUAACUUUGUUUUUUUUCAAGUUUUAGAGAAACUGUUAGAUUCCUGCGGUUCUUAAUUUUCUUCCUUUCUCUGACAUGUCUGCGCUCUCUUCUCCCUCAAUAGUGUUAGAGUGAAGUCGUCAAGGAAGAAGAGAGCGCAGAGAAAAAGACUGUUUUAAGAGCUGGAUAUAUAACUUAUUCACGGCUAGUUUGGGACGCAAAAAGGCGUGGCCUGUCUCUGCGCUCUCUAUUAACCAGGCUUGUAUCUUUUCUCAACAUGUCAGGACCCUUUUUUCGAUGGCUCAAACCGGCCCCGUGAACCAACUUCACACAGCAUUGGAACCUUCUUCGAUUUAAACUUUUAUUUCACGUCUCAACUGUGAAUUUUUUCUGAAUCUUCUAGACGGAUCUCUCAUCGUUGCUCCGCGCUUUUUAUAAUAAUCAAGAGAUGAUCAACCGCAUUUCGGUCGCCGUUACUCAGCAGGUGGCGACAGCAGGAAUCGGCAACGUGGUAAGCUAGAAAUCGACAGAAAAUUGAAUAAGUGUGAAGUAACUCGGACGGCAAUUGAUUAUAUGUUAAUUAGGAUAACCAUAAAGCCUACCACGUGAAAGUACCGUAUGUCGAAUCGUUCGUAAAUUUUUCAGAUGCAUGUGAAUUGCCCAACCCGCGGAGAGGCGCAUUUCGUUCUUGCUCCCUUGCAAAUACAUAUGAUGCAAAAACAUAGCCAUGUGAGUUUUCAAAAAUUUUUUCCAAUUUCUAUAGAGAAAAUCAUUUUUUAGCUUUCUCAAAAAUCCAAUUUUAGAAGUUUUAAAGGGUCAAGCAAUUUUGCGAAAUGGUAUGUAAGAGCUAGAGAGUUUAGAGAUAAAAUCAUUAAAUUACCAGAAAAUAGUUCAAUUUUUUCAAUAAGAUCCUCAAAACACUUUUUUGUAAGGUAUUUCGCUGAGAAAAACUUAAUCAUGUUCAGAAAAACGGAAGAAGUCGCAACUGGAAAGAUGCAGCAUCCUGUUUCGCGCUGAGCUGCUUUUUAAAUGUUGGAAACUAUAAAGGUGCAGAAUAA